CUCCCACCCUCCGUCCUCCUUUCCGUCUGAAUCCGCCAUUUCACUUGGGUGCAGAGGGCCAAGAUGGCGAACGCAGCGGCGAUCGAAAAGACGGAAAAACUGCUUCAGGAGUUGCGUGUUUAUGAUGGUUCAUCUUCAACUCAAGCAGCCCUGAUUCAUCAGCUGGACGAAAUACGGAACUCCUUACAACAGCCCCGCGAGAUUGCCAAUUAUUACAUCAAGAAGGGCCUCGUCUUGAUCAUUAUCAACACCUGCGUAGAACUGGGUGUCUUUGACGCAGUGCUUCCAGAUACCCCAGCGUCGGCUGAGGAUAUUGCGGACAAAGUCGGGGUCGAUGCGUCUAUUCUGACACGGUUUCUGCGGGCUCCCAUGGUAGAAGGCUUCUUUUCCCUCGCCGCUCCGGAUGGAAACAAGCCGCAAAACCCUCCUUCCAGCCCAUACCUCUACCGCCACACGCCCGCUUCACUCUCCCUGCGUGGCCUGCCCGCCCAUACCUGGUGGCGCACGGCACUCACGCUCCCCAUGAGCCGGUUUUGGCGCACACCGGACUACAUUCGUAGCCACAGUACAGCCGAACUGCAAGAUUCGCGCCAUAACGCGCUGGCCUGGGCGAUGGGCUUGGAAAGUGAAGGGCUGACUUUUUUCGAGGCUCUUGAUAGGGACAAGCAGUACGCUGGGUUUUGGUGGUCUGCAAUGGGAAUGGCAGAGUAUGGAUUUGGUUCGUUCCCCUGGGCAAAACUGUGGGAGGAUGUUUCCCGAAAACAAGAUGGGCGGGAUCGAGUGUUUGUUGUGGAUGUCGGUGGGGGACGCGGAAAGAGGUUGGUGGAAAUCAUACGAGAGCUUGGUGAAGUGAAGGAUAAGGAACCCAGCCUGAAACCAAUGAUGGUACUGGAAGACCUGGGAGGUGUCAUAGGAGGCGAGACGCCAGUUAGCAUUGAGGGAGUUAAGAAUGUGGUGUAUGAUUUCUUCCAGCAAGGGGCAGAGCAGCCGGUGAAAGGUGCCCACGUCUACCAUCUGCGCCACGUUUUGCACGACUACUAUGACGAGAAGGCUCGUCAAAUCCUGAAGCAGGUUGUUGACGCCAUGAGGCCAGAUUCUCGAGUAAUUCUCUGCGAAUACAUCAUCCCCGAAGAGCAUGAUCUUGGUCAUGAGAUCUUUCCAUAUGUCAUGGACUUUCUGUUAUUCCUGGCUGGAGGGUUGGAACGAACCCACCGGCAGUGGCAGCAGUUGCUCGACAGUGUCGGGCUGGAGAUUAUGAAUAUUUGGCCGAGCAAGGAUGGUCACCCUGAGGUAGACAUUGAAGCCUGUUUGAAGGAUACAAAGCCUGAACGGAGCUUGUAGUCUCAGUAUCUGAAAUUACAAGUCAAAUCCAAUCUUCCCGAGUUUUGGCUUGACCGGAUUCUACAGACACAGAGCACAGAGCCACGGUCAUUAUUAUCACAGUCAAGGUAGAC